AUGAGUGUUUUAGAUGUUGUGGAGAAUACUAGUGGAACCAAUUUUUCUAUAAACAGUGAUAAUUUUUUUCCAUAUUUCCAAAGGAUAAAUAAAUUAAAUACUGAAGAAAAUAGGGAUUUAAUUUUUUCAGAAUUAUUAAAGAAAAAAUGUAUAAAGGAAUAUUAUGAUUUAAAUUAUAUUAAUGAUAUAUUUGAUUAUAUUAACCUUUUGUGGUUUGAAAGAUAUUUCUUAGAACAUUUAUGUAAUAGUCAAUUAGGAGUUUUGUUUUACACAUAUGCAGAUGAAUCCUGUAAAAAUGAUGAUAAUAUAAAUGUAUUUGAAAUGCAUAUUAGUGAGGAUACAUGUAAUAAUUUUAUAAAAUAUCAUAAUGAAGAAGAUAAUAAAAAUGAUGAAAGUUGUUUAUCGAAAAAAAAAAGAAAGGAUACAUUCAUAAAUAAUUUUAGUUGGAAUAAAUAUAUGAAGAAUAUUCUUAAGUUAUAUGAAAAAGACAUAACUAAAUAUUAUAAACAUAAAAGACUUUUCUAUAUUAAAUACAAUUGUAAUGUAUUUGAUAUAAAAAUGUUAAUGAACUCGAAAAUAUGUUUUAUUAAGGGAUAUAAUGAACCUAAUAUAUGUAGUUAUUAUAAUACAUUUGAUAAUAUGUUUGAAUUCAAAAAUGAAUAUAGGUAUAUUUAUGAAAAUAAAUCAGAUAAUUUUAGGUAUGAAUUUAUUGAAGAGGAUGAAAAUGAAAUAAAUGAACAAGGCAAAAAUAACUUUAAUGAUGAUGAUAAUUGUUAUUGUAAUGAUAAUGAAUAUAAUGAGUAUAAAGAUAAUAAUACAAAUAAAUAUUCCAUUGUGUGUAAUGAGCUUAAUAAGUAUUAUAAUUUUCUUGAUAUGGAAGAAUAUUUAUCAAAUAAAAAAUAUUAUUCUCUAUAUUGUUCUACAUGUAAAGACUAUUUUUGUGAUAUUUCUACAGACGAAACAGAUGAUGACGAAAUUUUCUAUCCUGCCCUUUCUGAAUUAGAAUCUGAUGAAGAAUAUUAUAUAGCAGAUCAAAACAUAAAUCCUAAUUUAGAUACUUCAUUAAUUAAACAUAUUAAUAAUAAUAAUGUUACAAAAUUAUUAGACAAACAUAAUCAUGUGAAUAUCAAUAAAUCUACAGAUAUAAAUAAAAUUGAUAUAUUUCACUUUAUUAGUCCAAUCAUAUUUUUCUUAUUAGGUUUCAAGCUCUUUUGUCACUAUUUUAAAUUAUUUUAA